UCAUUAUUGCUGUGUUAACGUCGUCCCUCGAACACGUGCGUGAUAAGUUGUCAAUAUCAUCACACAACAGUAUUAACACCUAAUUAAUAAUUAAACGGUAACAAUAAUAAUAACGGUCGUGUUGUGUCUUCAAAAAGGUUUGAAUUACUAAAAAACAAGAAAACCUUAUCAGUUAUUCAGUUUCCGACGAUGUUUGACGGCCGUUCGUGAUUUGUCUAGUCCGUAAAAACACCCGCAAUGGAUAAGUACGUGAAGCGUAUCAAGAGGAAAGAAGACGGCGGCGAAAAUAACACAGACAAAUUCUAUGUACCCGGAGGCCAGUGGACGUCUGCGGAUGACGAUGAUUUGGCUUGUGCCUUAGGGGUUCAACAACCCGCAGCCCCUCAAAAGACCGAACAAUCGGACUCGCCUCUAUCACCGAUUUUGUCCGUUUCUCCGGCAUCGGUGGACUUAUCGAAAAAAUCAAUAGGACAAAUGAAACGGAAUUAUGUUUCCAGACGUUUGCUGUUCGAUGAAGAAGAAAAAAUCAGUAUCGAUAAACUUGUUAAUGAACAAAUUAUUAUCAACUCUCAACCAAUUAAUGAACUAGAAGAAAAAAUGACUACAGAAGUCAAUCCUUAUCAAACUAUCAUCGACUCUCUGUCAGCACGCGGUUUUGUAGUGAACAAACACAGUCCCUGUAAGGAUGAUGAUGGAUUCCCUGGACAAUACGACCACUGUAUGCUUGCUGGCUCAGAUCUACAAACGACUGACACGGAAAGAGAAAACAAUACCGUACUGACACCGUUGACACCCAUCUGCAAACAGUUCAAAUGUCUGUCAGUGUUCGAGGGCAUUGAUUACAUCGUGAGCGUGGCAGAUGCCGGCCCGGCAGCCAAUGGUUCUAUCGAGACGGCUAAAGUGUUGGCGGCUGUUGGUCCACACCCAUAUAUAGUUUCGUACUUCUGCAACUGGUCGGACGCCCGUUAUCAUUACAUGCAAACGGAACAGUGCCAGGCGAGCCUAUCAUCGCUGCGCAUUAACAAUGUUGCCGACUGCCGCAUGGUGUUGGAGCACAUUUCGUGCGCGCUCCACUAUUUGCACGACGGCAAGAUGUACGCGCACAACCGUGUCACCCGCCCUAACGUGUUCACAGUCAAGGAUGGUGAUAGGAUCGUGUACAAGUUGGGCGGAUUCGAUGCGGCUACCAAAUUGUCAGCGGACAGUGGCACCGCCGCCGCGGCAGACGUCCAAUCUCUGUGCCUGACGGUAUCUGAGCUGAUGAAGGACGUUGGUGAGCGGUGUUCCUUAGACGAGGACGAUCUGCGCCAGUAUCUGUCAUCCGUGACGGGAACAGUAUCCGUGAACGCGCUGUCUGUCUGGCGAUGGUGUUGCGGCACCCGUCCACCACUACAGCGGACGCGCCAGUCCAGCAUGUCGGCCUUGAUGUACCGGAACAUCGGUACGGGUGACGAGGACGGAGGAGGAGUAGCAGCGGCCGGUCAAACUACAGUGGCGACGGCGUUGUCAUUCAGGAAAAUUGCCGCGCGUCGUGCGUACGAGAUUGCCGCGUCCGCCACGCCGAGCAAAUGAUACCAGGAGAAAAAAAUCAUUUAAAAACAUAAAAAUUACCAAGGUCGGUGCUAUUUGUUGCGAGAGCUAACCAGUUUUAGCUUUCUUUUUGUUUUAAGUUAUUGAAUUAUAAUAUUGCCCAUACUACGUAGUUACGUUUUGUGUGACAUUUUAAAAAUUCGCGCGGAAAUGACGUUUUUUUUUUCUUUGAUGCGCAGACUAAGUAGUUCCUGUUGUUUAUCCAUUAAACGUACUUUAUUGUUGAAAAAUCUCGUUUAUUGAUUUUUUUAUAUAAGUGUACCUACCUGCGAGUAGCGUUGUUUCUUUUAUACUAUUAUUAUUAUUUUUUUAUUUUUGAGUAUUUUAAACAAAUACUUAUUAUUAUUUUGAGUAGUUAUUGUGAAUUUUUUUAAUUUGUAAACAAAAGUUAAUCAACUAG